UCUAGUUCAAGGUGCACUGCAAGGGUAUCGUCAUCAAAGAUUCUCAAAGAGACAUGCAACUACAUCAAGAAGUUGCAUAAAGAGCUUUGCAGCUGGGUUUCACUACCAAUUCGAAUUUCAAAUUACAUUUCAAAAUACAUUCUGGGUUCAAUUUCAGAGCAAAACCAGAAGAGCAGUUCAUCCAUCUCAGCUAUCCAUGAAAGAGGCUAAUUAUAAUCAUCUUAAACUUGACAAUUUUCCAACCUUAAACAGUGAAGGUUCUGGUUCUGCAUUGAAAAGAAGUAGGCGGGUGUUUCGGAGCAAUGCAGUAAAUACUAAGGGAGAUGAAGGUUCUGUACUGUGCUUUAAUACACAAGCAUCUCCCAUUGAUCGUCAACCACUGUCAUCCUUGACCAAUCAGAGUUUAAGAUCAAACGCUCAAAACACUAAUUUACAGCUUGGUAAUAUAAAUGGAAUCCGUGGGAAAUCAGCUUUCUCGGAAGUGUGGAAAACACCUCCAACAGGUUCUGUACUCAACAUGAGUGCACAAUCAUCUCCCAAUGAUCGUCAACCUAUUUCAAAUUUGACCUUGCAUAAUUUAAGACCAAAUGGUACAAUAUUUAUGGAGAAUACAAAAGCAUCUCCCAAUGAUCAACUGCCACUGUCAAUGUUGACCAAUCAGAGUUUGAGAACAACAGCUGCCUACACUAAUUCCAAGCUUGGUGGUCUAAAUGGAUUCCGUGGGAAAUCAACUGUCUCGGAUUCUUUAGUGUGGAAAACACCUCCAAGAGGUUCAGUUUUCAACAUCAAUACACAAGCGUCUCCCAAUUCUCAAACUCCACUGUCAAAUCUGACCAAUCAGAAUUUAAUAUCUGGCUCUGUAUUCAACAUGAAUACACCAUCAUCGGCCAAAAUUCGACCUCCACUGUCCAAUUUGACUAAUCAGAGUUUAAGAUAUUCCGGUUCUGUUUUCAACGUCAAUACACAAGUGUCUCCGAAUUCUCAAACUCCGCUCUCAAAUUUGACAAAUCAGAUUUUAAGAUCAUCUGGUGAAGGUAUCAACAUCAAGGCACAAACUAAUACAAAUAACAGACCUUCUCUGUCCCAGCUAACAAAUAAUCGUUCAAGAUCAUCUGGGUUGAAGAAAACUGCACAAACUGCCAUCAACAAGGACACAGCCCCCCUGUCUAACAUGACAAAUAAGAGGAAAAGAUUAAAUGGGAAUUAACACUACAAGAAAAACAUGAUCCUACAACCGUUUUUCACCGUUGUUUGAUGUCAAAAUUUUUGGUCGUCUAUUGAGGAGCCG